UCAGCAUGCGCGCAAUAAGAAGAGUUGAAUUGAUAAAUUGUGUCUGUUGUUUAAUUUUGUGUUAAUUAUAAAAUUACUUUGCGUUGUAAAAUUCCGUCACAAAAGCACAAGAUGGAGAAUGAAGUUGUCGCGCCCACACCAACCAAUGCCAGUUCCACGCCUACAACAACUACAGCACCGCCAGCCGAGGUACAAACAGCAAAAAGUGAUACAGCAGCAAAAGACACGACAACAACACGCCCUAAACUUGAAGGUUAUGAAUUUUACCGCAAAGUCCUUGGAUCACCCCAGUAUGUGGUGGCGCCCAUGGUGGAUCAAAGCGAAUUGGCCUGGCGUAUGUUCUGUCGUAAGUAUGGUGCCCAACUGUGCUACUCGCCCAUGUUCCACAGCAACUUGUUUGCCAAGGAUCCGAAAUAUCGCAAGGAUGCGCUACAAACAUGCCCCGAAGAUCGACCGUUAAUUAUACAGUUUUGCGGCAACGAUGCAGAAACGCUGCUGGAGGCUGCACUCUUGGCACAGGACCACUGUGACGCUGUCGACAUCAACUUGGGCUGUCCGCAGGCGAUUGCAAAACGUGGCCAUUAUGGUGCAUUUCUGCAAGACGAGUGGGAGCUGUUGGCGGAAAUUGUAAAUACACUACACACGCAGCUCUCUGUGCCGGUGACGUGCAAAAUUCGCGUAUUUGAAGAUCGUCAGCGCACGAUUGAGUAUGCAAAAAUGCUAGAAGCGGCGGGUUGUCAACUGCUCACCGUACAUGGCCGAACACGUGAACAAAAGGGGCCGCUGACGGGCAUCGCCGACUGGAGUUACAUCAAAGAAGUAAGACAACACAUAAAAAUACCCAUGUUUGCUAAUGGCAAUAUUCUUGGUCUCGAAGACAUAAAGCGUUGCUUGACGGAAACAGGCGUCGAUGGUGUCAUGACUGCUGAAGGUAAUCUACACAAUCCAGGCAUAUUUACGGGCCAAUCGGUGAAAACCUGGGAUAUGGCAGCAGAGUAUUUGGACUUUGUGCAGCAAUACCCCUGCCCAGUGUCUUAUAUACGUGGACAUUUAUUCAAAAUCUUUCACCAUUUAAUGAAUUUAAGACCAAAUGCAGACUUACGUGAAGAAUUGGCAGUGUCGAAUCAGUUGGAGCAUUUUCGCACUGUCGUUGGAAAAAUUAAGCACAAAUAUGAGCCAUUCCAUAUGGGUGCGGAGGUUUAUGUUGCGGAGGAGGUAGACCCCAGCGUUUUAGUCAUCGAAGAGGGUUUAAAUCUAUCCUUGCCACCGUGGCUAUGUCAACCGUACAUUCGUGUACCUCCAGAGCUGCAUAAACAAAUUAUAGCUGAGAAGGUGCGCCUUGCUGAGGAUCCCAAUAGACUGAAACGUAAGUUUUUCGACCCCGAAGGCAAUGAGAUAUCACGCAAGCGCAUGAAAAAGUUACGCCGACGAUUGCGUCGUCCCAAUAAGCCAGAAGGCAAACAUGAACGUAGCUUGGAGUGCUGUGAUCAAUGUGCGAAUCCGGUCGGCAUUAAAUGUGAGUACCGUUUAUGUCGCAUCUGUUGUCGUGAGAAAUGUUACACUGAAAACCGCGAUUGUCCUGGACAUGGUAUAUUGAUUAAAUCGCGUCAUAAAAAAGCGAAGAAAUUCGAAAAUCAAAAGGAGUGUAAACAAAAUUCUGGUGUUUCUGAUGAUGUGGAUGAAGCGACAAACGAGUGUAGUGCAAACGAAAAACUGGCGAGGAUUUUACACAGCGCAGAGACGAAUACUGUUCUCAGUGGGAACAGUUGAUUUCUAAUGAUUAGAGUGUACUUAUUAGUUAAAUUGCGUACAUAUUUAUAUGUAUUAGAUUUAGAAAAAUUAGGUGAAACUAUGUUGUACCAAAUGCAAUAUUCAAAUAAAUUUAUUAUUGGUAAAUUGUGCCAAUAUAUGUUUUACAAAUA